AUGCUUGACUUCCUCCUCUUCGUCAAGUCCAUGCCCAGCGACGUCGUCGAAAGCAAGCUCGAGCCCAUGCUCCACCUAUUCACCAAUCAAGCCAAUCUCAACUAUUUACCCAACUCCAUCAACCACCCCUUGGACCACUGUGACCUCGGUCAUCAGCUCAAUGGUUACAGUUGGCUGUCCAACUUCUACUCAUUCUUCUGA